ACGUUAAUAAAAUUUUUCAACAGCAAAUUUCUAACGCGGAAUUAUUGACAAGAAUAAUAAAAUAAAAUUGAUUGUUUUAAUUGUGUGCGUGUGAUUAAAAGCAAACAGAUUGUCAAUUGUUAUUAUAAUAUACUAAAAUUGUGUCAGUGUUUCAUAUAUAUAAAUAACGAGACAAAGAAUAAACAAUUGAAGUUCUUUUUUUUUAUCAAUAAUAAUCAUAAAAAUUGGCGUCCUGCAAAUGUCAGCCGAUUGAAAGGAUAAUAUUUUUUGCUUAAAAAACAACGAUAAAUAUAUUUAUAUAUAUAAUUAACUGAGGACAAUGUUAAAUGAAGAGGAAAAUUGCAUGACAUCGUGCUCGAGAACUUCCAGAUCUUUAUCGUCGCCAGACAGCCAAAGUAGCUUUAUUGAUGAGACGGAAAAAAGUCCCAAAGCUGACUCUAGUUCAGUGGAUAGUUCGGAUGGAAGCACAGCAUCGUCUUUGAAGAAAAGACUUCGAAAUUUGCCUUCACCAUGCGAUGAUUCUCCAUUUGGCGAUCGUGUUGCCAAUUCUUACAAUCGAAUUUUUCGUAAAAGACAAGAUUUUCGAUAUCAUUUACAAGAAUUUUCAAAUAGCAUUAAGGAACAGGAUGAAAAUGAAAUAAAUUCAAUAACCCAAAUCUCGUCCAUUGUUGACAUGAGAUUGCAAACACCCAGAGCACGACGAAGAGCGAAAAUACAGGAAACAGAUUUUUCUCAAGAUUCUUCUAUAUCUGAUGAUUUGAGUGGAGAAAGAUUGAAAUUUAACGAAAUCGACAGUGAAAAAUCGUCGAGUUCAACUGGAGAACCUAAUUUUGAUCUCUACAAAAAUGACAUAAAGGCACAAAUUGAAAGAAAUUCAUCUUCGAUGAAUUUUCCAAUUAAUAAUCAAAUUUUAAGCGGUGGUGAAAAGACGAAAAAAAUCGGCGGCUAUCGGCCAUUAGCUUCAUUACUUGUUCGAAAUUUGAGUUCUGAAAGUGAAUCCGAUACAAACGAAAAGAUUUCCGAUUCAAAAACAAAAAUUAGAAUGCUAGAUUCGGAAUUUUCUAUUCACUCAAACGCCUCGGGAAUAAAUAAAAAUUCCCACAAAAUGGACGGAGAAUUUGAUGAAUUUUUGGAGAAUUUUCUAUCGAAACAUCCAGAAUCGGCGUAUAGUACACCGCGAAAAAAAACUAAUCGAAAUUGUGAUGAAAAAAUAAUCUCAGCUCCAACUUCCAAUAGAAGCAAUUCAUUUGAAUUAAUUCGUCAUAUUGGUGAAAAAAGAUCGACAAAUUUUUUCGAAACAAGCAAAAAUAAUGAGGAUAACUCUCCAUUUUCAGUGAAAUCUUCAAAUUAUAAUCGAAGGGCGGAGAAUAAUAUUUUGAGAAAAGAAAUUUCACUUUUCGAAGAUCGGAAAAAAUUUCAAGUGCCUACUUUGAAAUUGAGAUCUGAAGAUUCGUCGUUUUCUGCGUGUGACAAAAACACCGAAUUUCAAGACAUGAAAGCGUUGUUGACGGUACUUUCCGAUGUUUCUUUUAAAAAAGAAAAUGCAUUCGGCGAUUCUGGAAAAUUUCGUUCCCCUUAUCCGGAAUGUCGUGGGUCAGGUUUCUCCACUGGUAGGAACUCAGCAACGUCUCCUGGGAUUCAAAUUAAAUCUCUUGAAACUCCACAUUUUAAAAACGUUCAAGGGUCGCCCAGGAAUAUUCUAAUUUCAGAGCACUCGGAAUAUUCCAACACGUCCCACGAGAGAAUCAAUCGAAAAAUGGAUCAAUCAUUUUGCGGCUUGGAAAAGGAAACUGCGGACUCAGUAAUAAAGCGCUCAGAAGAGAAAAUUGACGAAGAAAUGAAAAUUUCAAAUAAUAAUGAAAUAAAAACAAAUGAUUCAUUGUUUAAAUCUUCCGGUGGUGAUUCGAAUCGAUAUGAUCAAGAAAAAUGGGCUAUUCAUCGUGAAAUUGGUGACAAAAAAUCCAUAGAAAUUAUUGAGCAUUACCAUCACGAGCCGAUAACAGAAAAUCCGUCAACUAAUCUUUUUCAACGUAGUGCACGUUUCAAUUCAAUGAAACUCGCAAAAUCAGAAAGUUCUGCACUUCUUGUCAAGCAGUCAUCCAAUGAUCCGAAUUUAUCAGUGAAAAAUUGCUCAUCCACUUCUAAACUCUCAUUUCUAUUGAAUUCAAUGAAAAAAGAAACUCAGGAUCGUUGUCCCUUUACGAUAUCGGAAAAUGAAUGUCGAAAUUCCAAAGAAGAUUGCGAACAAAUUCCAUUGAAGGAGAUUCCUCAGGAGGAAUUGGUGAGUAAAUCGGAAGAAAAUUUCUACAAACUCGACACACAUCCAAGUAUUACUCGAUUGGCAUUGUCGGGAACUGAGAUUCUACCUUCGGAAUUGAUAAAUUCUGUCUCGUACGAUGAGAGUACGCCAAAAACAAAAAAUUUUCUACCCCGAAUGAGAAAUUUUAUUCGUCGAUUUUCCAAUCGUUUGACACGAAAAAGUUCAUCGUCAAAAAAUUCAUCGGCCAAGGUUCUCUUUCAAAAUGUUGACUGUCGUUUUGAUUCAGUCGCAAGUUCAGGAUCACAGGAUAAUAAUAAUAAAAGAUGUUCCAUGUCGUCGAACGAUGAAAUGUUGGCUAAAGGACAUUAUUCCAUGCAGCGUUUUGAUUCGGAAACUGAAAGUUGUCGAUUGAGUGAAAUUCGUAGCAGCCGAGUCAAAAGUUCACCGGUGGAUAUUAUUUCACGACGCAAUCGAUUUCCCAACGAAGAUCAACAGGAGCAUGUGGACUUAGAAAAUUUUUUCGCGGAGAAAAUGAAAAAUGAAAUUCCGAGAUCGAGGAAAAUUGAAGAACCUUUUAUUAGUGACAUCAUGUUUGAAACUCGGGAACUUCCAUGUAAAAGUGCAGUUGAGACAAGUUGUUUUUGCUUCAAAAUGUGUCUGUAAUGUUCGACGGUCGAUACAAAAGGGAUCAGCCAAGUAACAUGAUUUUUCUUUUUCAUCUCAGUAGAAAGAAAAUUGCAAAAAAUUUUCCAAAAAUUUACUUAUUAUGUAUUAUUUUAAAUACAUUUAACUUGAAUUUUUUUUUAGCCCAAAGUUGUAUGUUUUACAUAAACUAAAUUCUACAUUUUUCA